GCUACACAAAGUUAGGUGCUUUGCUUGAAGAUUUUAAAGAUGCCAAGAAGUUAGGUGCUUUGCUUGAAGGUUUUAAAGAUGCCGAGAAGUGCAUGUGCUGGAUCCAUCAUUUUCUAAAGGACAAGGAAAGCAAUAAUGAAGUUUUGAACGAAAGCAUAUUGAGUCCAGUCAUGGUAAUGAUGUUUCUAGAAAUGGUCUUAAUGAUGUUGAUGCCAUUUCUGGAAACAGCAGUGGUGAUGAUCUGAAUAUGAUGGCGCCAAUUGCAGUUUCAGACAAAAAGCAGAACAAUAAUGCUCCAGCUCGGAAGCAGGGAGAAGAUGUGAAGGCUGCUGCUGAAUUUGCCAAGCACAUAUCUGGUGCCAACCCAAAAGAUGUGAAGGCUGAUAUAGAUAGGGAAAGGAGCAGACGUUCUAGUGGCAAACAGAAUUUGAGAGAUCGUGAUUGGAAUGAUGAUGAGAGUAGCCGUUCAAAAGAUGAAAGUAGGGAGAAGAUGCAUGAUAGGAAUAUUGAUCAGGAAAAAGGCAGAGAAGAUAAACUAAAAACUGGAAAUAAGAAAUUAUUGGAUGCCAAGCAGUUGAUUGAUAUGAUUCCAAAAACAAAAGAAGAACUGUUUGUCUAUGAAAUUAAUUGGGAUGUUUAUGACAAGCAUCACUUGCAUGAGAGGAUGAGACCUUGGAUCUCAAAGAAGAUAACUGAGUUCUUUGGAGAAGAGGAGGCCACUUUGGUGGACUACAUUGUUUAUUAAAGAUCACGUACAAGCAUCCACAAUGCUAGAAAUGCUUCAGUCUAUAUUAGAUGAUGUGGCAGAAAUGUUUGUCCUCAAAACGUGGAGGAUGCUGGUUUUUGAAAUUAAGAAAGUUGAAACAGGCUUAUCAAUGAAAUCAAAGUCCUAGGCUCCAUUUUUUUAAAAAGUAUUUCUGUCGUCUUAUCAUGCCUUCAAAUUUCCUUUUGUGCCAAAGGUCAGUGACUGUAUUAGGACAAAUAUUUUGAGAGACCUUGUUAUUUGGUAUGAAUUAAUUGUAGCCAAUCAAGCAUGAGGAUUAUGGGUUGAUUUAAAAUGAGGUUUCCUUUUUUUUCUUUC